CUAUCUAUCUAUCUAUCUAUCUAUUUCUGUGUAUGAUUUAGUUGCAGAAAAAGAGGAAGUUGUUGUUCUUGGGGAAAAAAAAAAAAGUGAAAAAUGUUGAGAUUGAUAACGGGAAUACCAGGCCCAAGUGGGUUUGGAUCAGCUUCAACUGCUGAACAGGUCACUGAGGGGAUUGACGCUACCAACCUCACCGCCAUUAUUACUGGAGGGGCUAGUGGGAUUGGGUUGGAGACAGCCAGAGUUUUAGCUCUUCGGAGAGCUCAUGUCAUUAUUGCAGCAAGGAACAUGGUGGCUGCAAAUGAAGCAAAACAGCUCAUUCUUAAGGACAACCAAACUGCUAGAGUUGAUGUUAUGAAACUUGACCUUUGCUCAAUGAAAUCAAUUAAGGAUUUUGCUGAUAACUUCAUUGCUCUUAACAUUCACCUCAACAUCUUGAUAAACAAUGCUGGUGUAAUGUUCUGUCCAUUCCAGCUCUCAGAAGAUGGAAUAGAGAUGCAAUUUGCUACAAAUCAUCUUGGUCAUUUCUACUUGACGAACCUUCUCCUUGACAAAAUGAAGGACACAGCAAGAGUUACUGGUAUUGAGGGAAGGAUUGUGAAUUUGACAUCAGUAGCCCACCUUCACACUUAUGAAGAAGGGAUAAGAUUUGAUAAGAUCAAUGAUCAAAACUGCUAUUCGGACAAAAAAGCAUAUGGACAAUCCAAAUUGGCAAACUUAUUGCAUGCCAACGAGCUCUCUCGACGUUUGCAGGAAGAGGGAGAAAACAUUACAGUCAAUUCAGUGCAUCCUGGUUUGAUAACGACAAAUCUCAUGAGGCAUUCUGCUCGUUUUGUUAGUAUGUUCUAACGUACUUAAUGCAGUUGAAGAACAAUAUGUAUUGACUAAGAGUGAUUUUUUUCCAGUGAUUUUUAUAAUGUCGUUUUGGCAGGAAUUAUGAAGGUAUUUACAUAUCUCCUAUGGAAAGACAUCCCUCAGGGUGCAGCCACAACUUGCUAUGUUGCACUCCACCCGCAGUUGAAAGGAGUGACUGGAAAGUACUUGCUGGACUGUAACGAGUAUGAACCAAGCAAGUUCGCUACAGAUGAAGCAUUGGGGAAGAAACUGUGGGAUUUCAGCAACAAGUUGGUUAACUCAACUCAACACACUUGAAACAU